AUGACAGAAGGGUUGACGGAGCUCCUUCAACGCCAGCCCGUGUCGGGGAAGCUCGAGCAUCCCCUCUUGGUUCUUCUCGGCGGCGACCACCUCAUUGCUUUGCCAGCGCUUCGCGCACUUCGCGCUACCUAUGGCACCCCCGUGACCCUUCUGCAUUUCGACUCGCACCUGGACACGCUCAACCCGUCCGUCUAUCCCCAGGCUUGGACUUCGGACGUGUCGGCUGUCAAUCACGGUACUGUGUUCUACCACGCCGCCAAAGAGGGCCUGUUGGUAAACGGCUCCAUGCACGUCGGCGUCAAUACGCGUCUCAGUGGCUCCACCUGGAGUGACUACGAGUCCGACGCGGACAGCGGCUUCUUGCGAAUCCCAGCGAGCGACAUUGAUGACAUCGGCACUAGAGGCGUAAUCGCCAAGAUUCAAGACGCCAUCAAGCCCGGCACACGGGUCUACCUGAGCAUCGACAUCGAUGUCCUGGACCCGUCGUUCGCACCAGGGACCGGGGCGCCGGAACCGGGGGGGUGGACCACGCGCGAGCUUUUGACCAUUCUACGAGGUUGUCGCAACUUUGACAUUGUUGGAGCCGAUGUUGUCGAGGUUGUUCCCGCCUACGACACACCUGGCGGCGACACGGCUUUCGUGGCUGCCGCGUUGGUUUAUGAGAUAAUAUCCGGCAUGGUCCAAUAUCGUCUGCAGCCUGUCGAACAGGCAGUUGACCCAACGGCAAGUUCGCCUUUGGAAACCAGCAACGAUGAGGGCCAUGGUGGUUUCCAUACGGAUUUAGGGGCAAUUAGUAUACUCGAGCUAUAA